AUGGAAAAGUGGGACGAUCUGGGUUUGAAAAUAGCCUACCAAGAGGCCAUCAAGGGCUACGAGGAGGGCGGUGUGCCCAUCGGAGGCUGUUUAAUCGACAAAGACGGGAAAAUUCUCGGUUCCGGCCACAACAUGCGGUUCCAAAAAGACAGUGCGACACUGCACGGUGAAAUUUCUACUUUGGAAAAUUGCGGACGCAUGAAGGGAUCUGUGUACAAGGACUGCACGCUGUACACCACACUUUCGCCCUGCGAUAUGUGUACGGGAGCGAUUCUGAUGUAUGGAAUCCCUCGGUGUGUGAUAGGAGAGAACGUCAACUUCAAAGGGGAUGGCGAACGCUACCUAACGGAAAGGGGCCGCGAGGUUCGGGUCAUGGAUGACGCUAAAUGCAAAGCGAUCAUGAAGAAAUUUAUCGACGAAAGGCCCCAGGAUUGGUUUGAGGAUAUUGGUGAGUGA